AUGAAUUUGUUUCAUCAUGCCAAAAAAUAUGCUACUUCUACUUUUGUGAGAUGUUUUGCCAGUCAUUCGCCAGCGCUCUCCAAUUGGGUGCGGUCCUCGGUGCAUGAGCUGAAGAAAUCUCGAUUCCAGGCGUAUCUGACUCGUUUGGACUCGCCUGAUGAGGUCCCUGGACUCAUAGACAAUCUACUACAAGAGAAAAGUAUUAAAAAGGCCACCCAUCCCACCAUGUAUGCAUGGAGAACGGCCACAUUUGAGAAAGGCAAAAUCUCUCAUUUACAGCAGGGAUCCCAUGAUUGCAGAGAAGGUGGAAGCGGAGAUAGAAUAUUGACUCUAUUAGAGCAGAUACAAGCGAUAAAUUUGUUGGUAGUUGUGACGCGAUGGUAUGGUGGUACGCCCUUGGGCCCUGCUAGAUUCAGGUGUAUCAGCGACGUGAGCUAUGAGUCGUUGGAAAAAGCUGGUAUUUGGAAGCCUCAUGACACAAGAGGUCAGAUUCGUGAUGCAGCGAAUAUUAUUUUGAAAGAAUGA